CAUGCGCCGUGAAGGAAAAACAAGGAAGUUUUCCCCCCAAUGGAAACACUGUGGAUGGGACAGAACUUAGCAACAGAGCGACGCUAAUUGGGUUUAUUCUGCCUCAUGUGAAGCUGUUAUGCUACGCUAACGGCAGCUGGAAGCAACAUGUUGACAGCUGGAUUAUCCAACAACAAGGCCAAGUAUUCCAGACUGGCAGCUGACGACGAUGGCUACAUCGACCUGCAGUUCAAGAAGAGUCCGCCAAAGAUCCCUUACAAGGCGAUUGGCGUGGCAGUAAUCUUGUUCCUGAUUGGCUCUUUGCUGAUCAUUUUGGGAGCCCUGUUUCUGGCCGGGAUCAUCAAUGUCGAGAAUCCCGACCGCACCAUCCCUGUCAUCGUCAUAGGCCUCCUGGUCUUCCUGCCCGGCUUUUACCACCUCAGGAUCGCCUACUACGCCGCCAAGGGUUACCGCGGUUACUCCUACGAUGACAUCCCGGACUUCGGCGACUGACCCGAGCGACUGGUUGCUCUCUGAAUCGAAUGUAGCAGAACGAACGGCGCAGUGGAGGCCGACAUGUUGGCGCUUUGCUGAAAUGUUGCAGAAAUGUAUAACUGAGAUGUUUCUUCUUUGCUCUGUUUGCUUUUGUUUCUUCUUCGCUUUAUUAGCCUCCACGCCGAAACACGAACAAACUCAGAGACUCAAGCUGCUUUAGUAGCAGCAGAGGAAGCUGGCCUGCAAAAACUCGACACAGAAAUCAUAAUGUAUUUCUUAUUUACCGUCACUCCAAAGCUCUAUAUUCUCAGCCUUACUGGUUCUUCUGGGACAGAGUGUUUGCAUUAUAAUCCAAAGUUGAUUUUUUUAUGGUGUGCAGGUAUAUUGUCUUAAAGUGUUUGUACUCUUGCUCUGUGUUUAGGUUAUUUUAAAGCAGUGUUUCUUUUUGUCAUGCUGGAGUGACAAUAAAGAAUGUUUUGAUGUUGCUGCAAUGAAGCAGGAAAUAAAAUGUUGGGUGUUUAU